AUGUCUACUCGAAACAACCAGACUGUCGACGCCACCGGCCACCAACCCUUCCACCCCAACCAUCCUCGCGAAGACUUUACAGCCGAGAAAUGGCACAAACCCGGCGUCCUAGCCUCCGAGACCGACAAAGCAGACGAAUUCCACGCCCAAACACUGCCACCGGGAACAGCACCAGCAGGAAGCUCCUACCAACCAAACCCCAUCAACGAAGUGCCCGGCCAAGCCAACAACGACGACGUCCUCCGCGCCCACGGCAAGGAGAGGACAUACACAAACCCUCUCACCACAUACCCCGGCGCCACAUCAAAGGAUGUCGAUAACAGUUUCGGGAAACCAGCCAUGUCGCAGACGAGUAACGAGCAGAGACACGCUGGCGCUGAGCAUCAUCGGAAGCAUCACGGUGCUGGUCUAGAGGGUGUUGGUGCCAAUGCGGAGCCGCAGCAGGAUAGGCAAAAGGUUGAUCCGAGGUAUAAUCCUGGUCAGAGGGCGUUGGAUCGUGAGGAGGCUGUACCUGGGACCAGGGGGGGUAGGGGUAUUGCUGGAGCGGAGGAGUUGCCGCCUCAAACUGCGGAGAGUGUUGCGAGGGAGCGUUAA